GAGUGAUAUGAUACCUACUCAUAUUAUUAUGAUUUCGUUCUUAAGCAAAGUACAGCACCACUUGGCGAAGUUGAUGGCGAUACAUGAUCUCGAGCUGAAGGCUCUAUAAAGCUGCAGAGUUUACAUAGGCCUAUGCCUUUUUCAUAAUGAAACAGUCGCAAAUCAUAAUUAACGAAAGGAUAAGUUCAGGCUGAAGCGGCGAACUAUAAAUAUAAAAUAGUCUCAGAAGAAGCAAAGCAACGAAUAAUUUGCAAUGGGUUCAACUACAAAAGGUUUUACACGAAAAGGAAUAUAUCUACUGGUACUUGCAGGCCACUUUUCAGGUGUAUACUACUGCUUGUGUUUGUGGGAGAGGGGAUUUAUGCCGAAGUUCGCAGUAACGAAGGAAGUUGUGAACUCUGGACAACUAUACGGGUUUUCGCGUGCCAUAUCGAAUGAUGCUUUUAAUGAUUCAUUCGAAGAUGGCAGUAUCUUUGAGUAUCGUGGAAACAAAUUGGGAGAUUCAAAGGAGUCACAUCCUAAAAAGCACAUCCAGAAUGAUACUCUCGUUGACGUUAUCAAGAUAUCUAGAGAGGGAAUUAUAUCCAGGGAAAAUUCAUCUGAAGAACACCUUCAAAACUUUCAAAAUACAGAAGGAAUACGCCGAUUGCCAUUCACAAUGAGUGGGACACCGUCCCCAACAGCAUCACCACAACGUGGCCAAAUAAUAAUUGUCACAACAAAACGCUCUGGAUCAUCUUUUGUUGGAGAAUUGUUUAAUUCGAAUCCAGAUAUAUUUUACAUGUAUGAGCCUUUACUUCAUGUGACUUUCGAUGUAUUGAAUCACCGUAUGAAAAACGAACAGGCCGAUGCAGCAAUGCUCUCUGUGUGGAACCGCACUCUCCGUUGUAACUAUAUAAGUUCUAGUCAAGGACCUGAUAACUGGCUGAGACGAGGUGGUUGCAAAACUUGCCAGGUAUCAGAAGCAUUGAACAGAUGUAAGCUCAUCUGUCCAGAACCGACGAUCCCCAGGAUAGAGGUUGGAUCGAUCAUCUCUAAACUGUGCUCCGAUCACACUUACACCGUUCUGAAAACAAUAAGAGUAAAUGACAUCAAGGACCUUAGGAGUUUCCUUGAGGAUCCGAGCUUGAACCUUAAGAUCAUCCAUCUCGUCCGCGAUCCUAGGGCAGUCAUAAAUUCUCGUCGUAAACUCAGAGAGCCCAACUAUGAUUUGAAGCGACGGAAGGGUCCUCAUGCAGACGAGAUCACGGAUCUUUGCGAGCAUAUGUCUAGAAAUCUACAGUACAAUGAUGAACAACCAAGUUGGUUAAAGGGAAAAUACAUGCUUGUGCGCUUUGAGGAUGUAGCGAAAAGUCCUUUCGACGAAAUACAGCGGAUGUAUCAGCAUUUAGGAAUGAAGAUUCACCCGAAUGUACUUAGUUGGGUGAAGAACAAUACUCACAGUGAAUCAGAGGCGGAUCGUCCGUUUUCACGAACACGAGAUUCAGAUAAGGUCAUCAAUGCCUGGAAGAACAGUAUUCCUGAAACGAUAAGAAAAGAGGUAGAAGGAAAGUGUAGUCACGUGAUGAAUUCAUUAUCGUAUCUACCAGUGGUGUGAUACUGCACAGUGCGUACAAUACAAAUAAGGAUAUUGUUAUUCUUUUUAGGAAUCAACGUACACUCUAC